UUUUUUUUCAAAGUUCAUGAUUUGGAGUUAAAUUUAGAUUGGAUGAGUUCUAAAUUGUUCACUGAGUAGCAGCGAACUCUUCACCGAUAGCUGUAGGAGCUUUCAUCGUGUCUCCGCCGAUCAACUGAUUGCCAUUGCUGAGUUUUUCUAAGUGAAUUAUUCCGAGGCGAUUUUGUAAGCGUUACAGUUUAUUCUGGAGCUAAUAUGGCCGACGAAGCAAACAGAUCUGCAUUUCUUGAGAUUCAAGGGCGUAUGGUUGAAACUACUGCUAAAUUGAAGCAGGUGCAAAUUCAAAUCCGAACUAAAGAAACAGAAAAGAAGCGUGCUUUCUUAACCUUGGAGGAGUUGCGACAAGUACCUGAUGACACCAAUACUUACAAAUCUAUAGGGCGAACGUUUGUACUGGAGCCAAAACCAUUCUUGAUCAAUGAACAAGAACAGAAAUUUAGGGAAAGUGAGACUGCAAUUGCAUCUUUGCAGACUUCUAAAGAGUAUCUGGAGAAGCAAAUGGGGGAAAUCGAAAACAACUUGAAGGAGCUGCUGCAACAAGACCCUGGUAUUGCCCGUCAAAUCAUGUCCCUUUCUGUAAUCAAUACAAUAUAAAUACUAGAAACAUGUGGCUAUCACCCUGGAGUUCCAGACAUCUUGUAUUGGUAAAGUAUGGCUGAUCUACGCGUUUGUAGACCAUAAUAUUCGACAAUAGCCCAUAUGUGGACGAUAAUAUUGUAUGAUUAAGAAUUUCCUGUAUAAAGUUGUCAUAGCUGUUCGAUUUCUUCUGUUACAACAAAAGUUGAAAGAGGGAUAGAGACUCUAAUCUCAUCCCAAGGUAAGAAUAUAAUGUGAAAUAUUUAUUGAUGAAAACUUAAAUUGAAUACAAUGGCUGUGGACCUCUGGUUUAUUUUCUUGAA